GGCAGGUACACCGACUUUUCUAAGGUGAAGAAGAGUUAGGUUUAAAUGGGGAGGAACAAUAGCUGCGCUAGAACUCUGGUGAGGGUGAUGGCGGUGAUGGUGGUGGUUGUAGUAGUAGUAGCAAUUGGUGUGAAUGGACAGAGUAUUUAUGCUUGUUGGGGAGGAUGCUAUAAUGAGUGUUUUCUGGGAAAUGGAACAUCUGGUUCACAGAGGUAUCCAUGUUAUUUGAAAUGUGUGAAUACUUGUAUGCCUCGUACUACUGCUGAUUAUGAGCGUUUUUGUGCUGUUGGAUGUUCACUGCAAAUCUGCGUCCCUCCUACUGGCGGUGCAAACAAGGACAAUUGCUUUGAGAGUUGUACCAAGCUAUGCAAGAUAUAGAAUUAAUAUUUGUAUUCGGGCAUUUUCUAUGUAUCAAAAAGUAAAUGAAUAAGCUAAUUUCUUCAUCGUGAGAAUGAAGUAUUAGUAAUUACGCCACUUCUUUCGCCUUUUGAAGUAGAAUAAUGCUACUCAUUUGAAGUAAUUCUUAU